AUGGCGGCAGUGAAUCCUAUGGUCAGGGUGGAUCUUCUGUAUAUAGUGGUUCUGAGACUUAUGGCCAGGAUUCACCUGCCAUGGGAGCCAGUGAAACUGAAGAUAGUGAUUCCUCCUCAGUGUCUGGUGGCCGCCAGAGUGAACGGGAUUUUUAUUCCCCAGGAGGCAGCCAGUCAGGUGGACAUGGGUCAUCUUCUCAAAGUGGCAGCUACUCCAGUGGACAGGACUCAUCCUCAUCUGGAAGCAGCCAGUAUGGUGGACAGGGUUCAUCUUCCUCAGGAGGCAGCCAGUCUGGUGGACAGGGUGGAUGUGAUUGUUCUGGGACAAAUUCUGGCACAACUUCUUCUGGAGGCAGCCAGUACAACAGCCAGGAUUCACAUUCCUCUGGAGCUAGCCAGUAUGGAGGACAUGAGUCAUCUUCUUAUGGAGGCAGCCAGUAUGGUGGACAAGGCUCACGUUCCCCAGGAGGCAGCCAAUAUGGUGGACAGGGUUCACCUUCUUCAGGAGGCAGCCAGUAUGGAGGACAGGGUCCACCUUUCUCAGGUGGCAGACCUUAUGGAGGACAGAGUAGCAGAAUAUGAGUUUGAUUUACUAAUUCAGAGGCCUAUUCCAAUCACAGACCCAGGAAAGGCUCUUUCGCAGGAACCAGCUACCAUGGUGGACAGGGUUCAUAUCCUGGAAGUAAUCAGUAUGGUGGACAGGCAAGCAAAUUUUCUUUGUUUUCAAGAUCUUCUAUUUGCAAUUUAUCAGCUGAAAAAAUAUACAGGAUCUUACCCCUCAGGAGGCAGCCAAUAUGGUGGGCAGGGCUCAUAUCCUUCUGGAGGCAAACAACAUGGUAAACCAGGUUCCUCUUCCUCAGGAGGCAGUCAACAAGGAAAGCCAGGUGGCUCUGGCUCAGGAAGCACUUACUCUGGGAAACCGCAAUCACCUUACUCAGGCGGCAGUCAAGUGAGCUCUGCUGGGAAACACUCAACUCCCCAACUCCUGAUGUUAUUCAGUGUUUUGAGUGCCUUUGCUCUCUCUGCGGCUGUAUCAAAAUGGUCUAUAUGA